ACUGGUGGAGGGACUCAGAAUGACCCCUGAGGAAUGGGCAGAGCCAGGCACUAGAGCUACGAGACUGCCACACCAGUCUGCAGAAAGCACCCACCUCCAUGAGCGUUGAAAAUUGUGAUCUCCCCAAGUGACAGAUGAGAAAACUGAGACUCAGAGGGGAGAAGAGCCAGGCCCACCUGCCCCCAAAGCCCAGCGCUUCCAGUGUCGUGCUAGGCUGUCAUCUUGCUCCAAGUGUCCGGCUCCCAGACCUGGCGUGUGCAGCCACCACCAGGGAUGCCUGGAGCAAGGGGCUGUGAGCAGGUCAGUAAGCCUCCUGCCCACCUGUAGCAUCAUGUCCUCAUGACCCCCUCCAGUCCUGGUCCCACCCAUCCACUCUGGCCAUUUAUAUGAGGGAACUUGCCUUCUUGCUGCAUGGAGCAAUCGGGCUUCCUGCAAGCCCCUGCCUGUGCUGCCAGCAUCAAACACGGUACCAACGGGAGCCGGGGUUCCUCCACCCCUCAGGCCUCGGAGAAGUUCUCAGGGACAGAGGCAAUGUCUGUUACAUUCUCCCCUUGGACUCUACUCCCCUGAAAGGAGUAGAUACUCGUGUGCCCUUGACAUGCUCAUGCAGUAAUUAUUCACCGCCUCCUUCGCCCCUGCGGGACCCAUCCCCGUCUUUCCCGCCUGGAGUGUCCCCGGCCGGCCCUUGCUGAGUCCCACACCCAGCGGGGACUCACCGGCCUGCUUUCCUGUGGGAGGACACGGAGCUGCGAGCGGCGACUCGGCUGCGCUUGCUGCGUGCGACCCUCAGCAGGCCCUCAUCUGGAAAGUAGAAGGGGUUAUUCUCCAAGGUCCACGCAGCUCCGGCAGCGAGCGGAUGCCUCGUUCCUCUUUUGCGGUCAGUCACCUGUCUGACUUCAGCCCUGGGCUUCCUGCUGGGGUUUCCUCUCAGUCCCAUGACACCAGGGCCCCAUGAUUCUCACCCCAGAGAUGCUGCCGCGGCUGCUGCCCCUGCUGUGGGCGGGGUCCCUGGCUCAGUAUGAGGUACACCGGCUGGAAGUGCAGGAGUCCGUGGCGGUGCAGGAGGGCCUGUGUGUCCGCGUGCCCUGCUCCAUCCGUCCUUGGGGCUACCGGGCCAGCUCUCGUCCGGUUCGUGGCUACUGGUUCCGGGAAGGGGCCAACGUGCUCCAGGAUGCUCCCGUGGCCACGAACAACCCAUAUCGUGAGGUGCUGAGGGAGACCCGGGGCCGAUUCCGCCUCCUUGGAGACCCCCGGAAUAACGACUGCUCCCUGGACAUCAGAGAUGCACAGAGAGGGGACACGGGGACGUACUUCUUUAGGGUGGAAGGAACGUCUUAUAUGAAAUAUAGUUAUAAAAAUGACCAGCUCUCCGUGAAUGUGAUGGCUCUGACACAGACACCUGACAUCCAGGUCUGGGGAACCCUAGAAUCUGGCCACCCCAGGAACAUCACCUGUGCGGUGCCCUGGGCCUGUGAGAGGGGGACACCCCCGACCUUCUCCUGGACUGGUGUCACCUUAACCUCCCUGGACCCCAAGACUCUCCAUUCCUCAGUGCUCACCCUCUCCCCCGGGCCCCAGGACCAUGGCGCCAACCUCACGUGUCGAGUGACCUUCCCAGGAGCUGGCGUGAGCGUGGAGAGGACCGUCAGGCUCAGCGUGUCCUAUCCACCCCAGAAGCUGACCAUCAGCGUGCUCCAGAAAGACAGCACAGGACCUGAAACUCUGGGCAACAGUUCAUCUCUUCCAGUCCAGGAGGGCCAGCCUCUGCGUCUGGACUGUGUUGCCAAUAGCAACCCUCCUGCCGUGAUGAGUUGGAAGCGGGGGAGCCUGACCCUGAGCCCCUCAAAUUCCUCGAACCCUGGGGUCCUGGAGCUUCCCCAGGUGGAACUGGGGGAUCAUGGGAAAUACGUGUGUCGAGCUUGGCACCUGUUGGGCUCCAAGGAAGCCUCCCUGAGCCUCAUUGUGAAAAAAACCCCACAACUGUUCGGUCCCUCCUGCUCCUGGGAGGACGAGGGCCUGCACUGCAGCUGCUCUGCUCGAUCUGAGAGGCCCUGCUCCCUGCGCUGGCGGCUGGGGGAGGGGCUGCUGGAGGAGAACCUCAGCAACGCCUCCUUCAAGGUCACCUCCAGCUCCUCUGAGCCCUGGACCAACAGCUCCCUGAGCCUCAGUGAGGGGCUCAGCGCCAACCUCAGGCUCAGCUGCGAGGCCCAAAAUGCUCACGGGAAACAGAGUGUGAGGAUCCUGCUGCUGCCAGGGAGACCAGGACCCAGGACAGGUGUGGUUCCAGGGGCCAUCGGGGGAGCUGGUGUCACAGCCCUGCUUGCUCUCUGCCUCUGCCUCGUCUUCUUCCUAGUGAAGAUCUACAGGAAGAAAUCAACAGAGAAGACGCUGAGCAGGGAUGGAGUCCAUCCUGUGUUGAGUCCCAUCUCCCAGGGUCACCUAAAUAAAUCCUGGUCAGAGAGCCCCUCAGACCACUGGACCCCAGCUCCGGCCGUCGCCACGUCAGAGAAGGAUCAGGAGCUCUGUUACGCCAACCUCGAUUUCCAGGGGUGGAGGUCGCACAACUUUCAGCACCAGGAGACCACCGAGUACUCAGAGGUCCAGAUCAGGAAGUGACGACCCCGCCCCCACCCCCACCCCCACCCCCAGGAGCUGGCUGGAGCCCAGA